AUGAACAACAUCCUGGAGAAAGGCUACGCCACCAGAGUCCCAGAUGAGCAGCUGAGUCGCAGUGAUGGGAGGGUGUGGUUCAUCCCACACCACGGGGUGUACCACCCGAAAAAGAAAAAGUUGAGGGUCGUGUUCGAUUGCGCGGCAACAUACCAAGGAGUGUCGUUGAACGACAGACUGCUACAAGGCCCGGACCUUACAAACACGCUAAUUGGAGUGCUGCUGAGGUUCAGGCAGGAGCCUGUCGCACUGAUGGCGGACAUCGAAUCCAUGUUCUACCAGGUGCGGGUUCCAGAUGAAGACGCAGACCUGUUGCGCUUCCUUUGGUGGCCAGGCGGGAAUCUGAACGAACCAGUGGAAGAGUACAGGAUGUGCGUGCACCUAUUUGGGGCCACGUCGUCCCCCAGUUGCGCUUCAUAUGCGCUCAGGAGAACAGCACAAGACGCAGCCACAACUACUUCACCAGAAGCGGCAGAGACAAUCCUCAAGAAUUUCUAUGUGGACGACUGUUUGAAGUCAGUUGCUACUGAAGAGGAAGCUGUGCAUCUUGUGAAGGAGCUGACGAAGUUGUGUGCCAGUGGCGGGUUCCACUUAACCAAGUGGGUAAGCAACAGUAGGGCCUUGCUGUGUUUCAUUCCUGGCAACGAAAGAGGAGCUGAAGUUAAAGAUCUGGACUUGCAGCAGGACGAACUACCAGUAGAACGAGCAUUAGGAGUGCAAUGGUGCAAAAAUUCCGAUAGCUUCAAGUUCAAGAUUCAGCUGUCUGACAAGCCAUGCACAAGACGAGGCAUCCUUUCGGUUGUUAGUUCGGUGUAUGACCCGAUGGGUUUCUUGGCGCCGCUACUCCUGCCCGUCAAGCUCAUUCUGAGAAACCUUUGCAAAGACAAAACAGGGUGGGAUGAGGAAAUCCCGCAGAAGCCACAACAAACAUGGAAGAAGUGGCUAGCAGACCUUGACAAGCUGUCGGAGCUCAGCGUGAGCAGAUGUUUCAAGUCCAGCUCAUUCGGACUAACCAAGGUUGCGCAAAUCCACCAUUUUUCAGACGCAAGUCAAGAUGGAUAUGGGGUUGUGUCAUUCCUCCUGCUGACGAAUGAGAAGGAACAGAAACACAUUUGCUUCUUGAUGGGAAAGUCCCGAGUCGCUCCGCUCAAACAAGUUACGAUACCAAGAAUGGAGUUGACAGCUGCCAUGGUCUCAGUCAAGGUUGACCGGGUGCUGAAAGAAGAACUCCAAGUUCCCUUGACACAUUCCAUCUUCUGGACAGAUAGUACGACCGUACUAAGGUACAUUGAAAAUGACGCUCUUCGUUUCAAAAUGUUUGUGGCUAACCGUGUCUCUUUCAUUAGAGAAGCCACCACAAGAGCUCAGUGGAAGUAUGUCAACACCUCCCAGAACCCAGCUGAUCAAGCUUCAAGAGGCUUAAAGAUCGAAAGUUUUAUGUCAAGCGACAACUGGUUUCAAGGGCCUAGCUUCCUGAGCGAUCCAGAUGACUGGCCAGAGCAACCUGAGCAGUCUACUUACCUGUCAGAAAGUGAUGAAGAGGUGAAGACAUCCGCUGCUGUAUCAUGCACGAAUCCAGUGGUCGACAACACAGAUCCAGUGAACCAACUUGUGGAGUAUUACUCUAGCUGGUACAGACUAAAAAAGGCAACUGCUUGGAUUCUGCGCCUAAAAGAGAUACUGCAACACCUGCGUGAGAAAAGAAAAGAAUUAGAGAGCGCUGUGAAAGAAUCUGAACAUGACACAGGGAAACACAAACCAAUGGUUGAAGAACAAAUGAACAUCUGUAAAAAGAACCUGAAAAAGCGAAUGCUCACAGUUAAAGAGUUAUCCAGAGCAGAAAUGGAGCUGAUCAAGUACAGCCAGAGACAGACUUACGCUGAAGAAAUAAAAGCUCUACAGCAAGGAAACAAAAGUGUGAAAAGAACCAGCCCAAUUUUUAAAUUGGAUCCAUGCCUGCAAGAUGGUGUUUUGAGAGUAGGGGGCCGUCUGAACAGAUCAGCGAUGCCUGAGGAGGCCAAGCAUCCUGCCCUUCUGUCGAAACAGCACAGAGUAGCCUACCUCAUUCUCCACCAUACACACCUAGAAACCGGAUGCGGCGGCAGAAAUCUUGUCCUGGCAAGAUUACGACAACGAUACUGGAUACCUAGAGCUAAUGCAGCAGCCAGAACAGUGAUCACAGAGUGCAACCUCUGCAAAAGACUGCAUGCAAAGGCUGGGGAGCAGAAAAUGGCAGACUUGCCGCAAGAUCGACUGCUACCUGACAAACCGCCUUUUACCAACACAGGCAUGGACUACUUUGGUCCUUUCGAGAUAAAAAGAGGACGAGCCAAGGUCAAACGAUAUGGAGUGCUCUUCACAUGUCUGACAGUCAGAGCAGUGCAUGUAGAAGUUGCAUACUCCCUCGACACGGACUCGUGUAUCAACGCUCUGCGUCGGUUCCAAGCCAGACGAGGCCAAGUAUGAAUCAUUCGUUCCAACA